CAUCUAUCCACCCCCCUUCUAAUCCCCCUCGGACUAUUCCACCCGUAUUCUAAUUCUUUUUAUUCACUACUUAACUCGUUUAUUUACCAAAGCGGUCUGCUAGACAUCCUCCCGCGGGAGGCGGUGAUUUCCGACCAUGACUCGCGCUUCAACACCUCCGAUACUUCUAGAACUUCAAAGCGCAGAUUCCUUAUCAUCGCAGGCUUCGGCGCUUCGAACCCUUAAAAAUGAGACAAUUGGCCAUGAUCAACGCAAAGAAGCCUGGAUCCGGUGGGGUAUAAUCCCCAUACUAGCCAAGGUCCUUGCCUCCAGGCAGACUAGCGGGAAGAACACCGAGCUCAAUGGGCCGACCAAAAGCCAACAGCCAUCGAGUCGCAAUCGGCAGGAAGAUGAAACGUGUCUACAGGCAAUUAUAGUACUUGGUAGUAUAGCACAAGGCGGUGCAGCUUUCCUUUCCCCUAUCCUAUCUAGCGGUAUACUCUCGAUCCUCCUGUCUAUAUUAUCAUCACCCGAUUGCCCUCAAUCUUUCGUUCUCCCCAUCCUGCGAACCCUGAAUAACAUCGCGGAUCGGCUACCACUGCAAAGCCAACAGCAAUGGCCAAAAGAUACACGUUUAGCCGAUCUGCUCUUCUCAGACGAACAUAUCAGCUGCCUGUCACGUAUUCUCGGGCAGGAGUACGGCACUUAUCAUGCGCAGACAUCCAUUGAACUUGCUGCGGCCCUUAUCGGAAAGCUUUGCACAGAGGAAACCCAUAAGGCGGUCCUAGCCGACUGUGGCGUGUUGGAUGCGCUGGCUGUGAAGGUGGCAUCAUUCGUCGUUGCUCAGGGCUUUGUACUUCCAGGUGCGGAGGCACAUUUGCAGGAGUCUGGCUCUCUUGGUUCUCUACCUCCCCCUGCACCUUCAAGUGCCAAGCUGGCUCCGAUCCUUCGUGCUACCACGGUCAUCAUUGAACAUUCUAAAUGGCGUGCGGAGCAUUUUCUCUCAUCGCCGGGAAUAGUGACUGUUUUCCCCAAGCAGGUGCCUGGAUUUGCCCCUUCUGAUAUCAAGACAGGCCCGUGGGGAUCGACAUAUUUUUCGGGCUCAGCUGUGCCACGCCACGCCGGGGCCAGCCCCCUCGAGCAUCUCCUACCAUCGGUUCCACUGUCUCAAGGAAAAGCUUCUGCUAGUGCUACCAAUUUUCCACCCCUUGGUCAGCCACAUGGACCCCAACGCCGGCAUAGUCAUUCAUUCCCAACCCCCUUCUCGAUCUUGGAGGCACCGAACUCUGAUGACGAUGAGAAUGCUAUCGUCCCUUGGCUUCUAUAUACCAUCCGUGCCGAGUGUGGCAUGGUGCGGUUGAUGGCAGCACGUCUGGUCACAGUUCUUUACCGUCUAGGUCUAACGAAGAAGCUUCGAGUCUCUAUGCUUUGUUACUUGUUGAUUCCAAUUCUUAUCCGGAUGCUUGACAAGGACUAUGAAAUAACUGGCGAUGAUGGCGUCCAGUAUGGAGGACUGAUUCUGUCCACUGACCGUCUGAAAGAGGAAGCCCCGGCGGUGCUUGCUACACUGGUUAUCGACGAUCAAGAGCUACAGAAGCAUGCAGUCGAUGGAGGUGCUAUUAAACGACUGUCUCAGCUCCUGAAGGAAACCUAUAACCCAAUUCAAGAGAACGCUAAACCGAUGUGGCAUGUCGAUGGCGGGGAAAAGGUCGAGACUAUUUGCACACAAUCAGCAGAGUGUAUGCUGGGUCCUCCAGGAUAUUCUCCCAUUCAUUGUCAUGUCAUGCGAUACCGGGAGAACAUUCUCAAGGCCUUGGCCGCCCUGGUGCCUUUCAAGGAUGAAUACCGCAAGACUAUCUGUGACAAUGGGGUAGUUCCCUAUAUCAUCGAUUCGCUCAAACCGUGCCCGAACGAUCCUCGAGACACAUCGAAUCCGAAAAACACCGCUGCUGAUGGAAAUCCUACACCCACCCUAUUAGCAGCUUGUGGUGCUGCACGGAUGCUCACUCGCUCGGUUAGCGUAUUAAGGACUAGUCUUAUUGACGCUGGAGUAGCCACUCCUUUAUUCGCCUUGAUUCGGCACCAGGAUAUUGAAGUGCAGAUUGCAGCAACGUCAGUUAUAUGUAAUCUUGCGCUGGACUUUAGCCCAAUGAAAGAGGCAAUUAUAUCCGCAGAGAUCCUUCCAACAUUAUGUGAGCAUGCACAUUCUACGAACACAAAGCUCCGGAUUGAAUCGCUUUGGGCGUUGAAGCAUGUGGCCUAUAACUCGACCAACGAUGUCAAGAUGAAAGUCAUUAACGGCUUGGGACCUACGUGGAUCCAGCAAAUCAUAACGCAAGACCCAACUAGUGCUCUAGCUAAACGAGGCAUGGAUGAUGAGAUGGAAAGCGGCACCUCAACGGGCAUGAGUCGAGCCAACUCCGCAGGUGAACAAGUUGAUCUAUUGAAUCCUGUCGAGGACACACAGGAACGCGAUGAGGAUAUGAAAAUGGCCGAUACCUUGCCGCCGUCUAAGAUGAGCUUAGAGAUGUUCCUCCCCGAUGUUAGCCGGCGUCGCAAACUUGCGCUGCAUGGGGACCUCGACCAAACUACUCAAGCACGCCAAGACGAUAUUGCCGUACAGGAACAGACUUUUGAUCUCUUGCGUAAUCUUGUUUGUGGCCCGGGUGCAUCCGAGAUGAUUGAUCAUUUGUUCAAGGAGAUCGGGCAGGAUUUGAUCUUGGAUGCACUGGCGGAUAAACUACGGCCUCGUACCAUCCAAGUGCCACAUAAACGAGAAUCAUCUUCCCACAGAGCUCUCCAAGUUCCAACAGAGAUUCUGGUGGCAGUCACGUAUGUGAUCAUCCACCUCGCCGCUAGCCUCCCGUGGCACCGCCAACUUUUGGUCUCACACCGUGAUCUCUUACGUUAUCUCAUGGGGUACUUCGAGCACGCCAACCGGGAUGUGCGGACAAAUUGUGUGUGGGUAGUAAUCAAUCUCACAUAUGAGGAUGACUCGAGUGAUCGAGACGGCUGCCGUGAGCGAGCAUACAAACUGCUCUCGGUUGGGGUGAUGGACCGGUUGAAGCGCUUAGAAGAGGACCCAGACCUUGAUGUCCGAGAGCGAACCAAAACAGCCUUACAUUUGGUAAGGACCUUGACCCAGGCCUAAUGGUUGUCAACCUUCUUCUACCUCUUUUUAUUUUUCUUCUCCGGGUUCUCUUUUGCCAUCUUCCGUUUAAUUACGAUCUCUUGAUUGCUUGUUUUCAUGCUGCAUGGACAGGCACAGCUCUAUGAACUAUGGUCGGCGUUGGGAUGGUUGUAUAAAGAUCUUGAAAGGAUUAUGAUAAAAUGUACAUGUUGGCUUAUGCGUACAAAAUUUCUUCCCCUUUCUCUUGUUUCUUUCCAUUUCUCUUCCAUCCUUGAUGACUGGG